UUCGAUUUGUUUAAUCAAAGCAAAAUGAAGUUCACCAUAGUUUUCCUACUGUUGGCCUGUGUAUUUGCCAUGGCUAUGGCCACUCCCGGCAAACCAAAGCCGUAUAGCCCUAGGCCCACCUCCCAUCCUCGUCCCAUUCGGGUAAGACGUGAAGCCCUUUCCAUUGAUGAUCAACUGGGACUGGUCCAAGCCGCUGCCGCCAUCAAGCCUCCUCCGAUUCUACCCCUUUAAGGAUCAGGGAACACUAUGAAACCAAGGAAUUUCAUCACAGCAGUCUAUGAAUAUGUUUUGUAAACAGCGUUUAUCUUCAAAAGAACUUUUAAAUUAAUUAAUAAAU